ACGGUGGUGGUUGCGGUAGUGAGGUGAGUGGCAUCGCCUGAGGCCGCCGUGUAUGGCUGGAGGUGGUGAGAGCACUAGACCUCCCUCGCUCCUGCUAAGGUGCGCUGCGUUAAACUUCAACUGUGCUAAUAAGAAAAUCAACUAAUGCCCUCAUAUCUCGAAAAAACAACAACUAAUUUGUGGAUCAGUGAAUUUAUAGUGAAGAACUUAUAUAAAAACUCCUCUUUUGUGAUUGAAGAAAAAUUAUCCAACUAAUUCUGUUACAUCAAGUUACGAGGAAAUAUUUUUUGGAAGUAGCUGUGCAAGUAUAUCCAAGCUGGCUCUUUCAGAUCCCACAAUGGUGUUCUGUGGUGUAGAUCACGGGAGGAGACAGAGUAAAGAGCUGGAGAAGAAGAUUUCUACAUGGAUGAAGGAGUACACGAAAGCUAUCAAAAUUUUGUUAUUAGGUGCAGGAGAGUCAGGCAAGACCACCAUUAUCAAACAGAUGAAGAUUUUACACAUCAGUGGCUUCUCACCUGAAGAGAAGAAGGAGAGGCACAGGACCGCUGAGUUCUAUGACCACACGUUACGGCUAUGGAGAGACGCAGGGAUCCAGGAAGUAUAUUCACAACAACACAGGUUUCAGCUAAUAGACUGUACCAAAUACUUCCUGGAUCGAGUGGAGGAAGUGAGACAGAUUAACUACGAACCCACGAUUCAGGAUAUUCUACACAGCAGGCGGAGGACCACAGAUAUACAGAAGAUUGAGUUCGAGGUCAAGGUACCGAAGAGGUAUGGAGGCGGAUCACUUAACUUCUGGAUGUUUGACGUUGGUGGCCAGAGAGGAGAGAGGAAGAAGUGGAUACAGGUAUUCGACGGGAUCCAGGCGGUGUUAUUCCUCGUGUCCGCCAGCUGCUUCGACCUCGUCAUCCGGGAGGACGAAGAGACCAACCGCCUUCAGGAGUCCAUCGACAUUUUCCAGAGCGUGUGGCACUCCAGGUUUCUCAAGAACUGUGGAUUCAUUGUCUUCCUGAACAAACAAGACAUCCUGAGGGAGAAGGUUGUCAGUGGUCGUAAGAAUAUUGGUGAUCACUUCCCAGAUUAUGUCACCUACAAGCUCGAGAGUAGAGAUCGAGACAGUGAGGAAGACGAGGAAUACUUGAGGACUCGUUGCUUCAUCAGAGACAAGUUCAUUGCGAUCUCGAAGCAGGUGGUGACGAGGGAGGGGAGGAAGCUGGCCCCAGGGUUGAUGAUGCUAGAGGAAGAGACGUCGAAGGAGUGUUACUGUCACUUCACCACCGCCACCGAUACUAACAACGUCAAGAUCGUAUUUGAAGACGUUCACAACAUGAUCAUUAUGUGGAACUUGAAGGAGAUCGGUGUCAGCAUUUCCUAGCUGAUUGAGAGAUGACAACGACGAUUUAAGUCUUUAAGAUGAUAUUGGAGUUAAGAGAUAGGGUUUAUAGGAUGUUAUCGAGGUGUCAGUGAAGGAUGGUGGAUGGGGUAUUGAUGAUAUCUACAACAUGGUCAUUGUAUUUUGAAGUUUGGAAGAGAUCGGUGUUGGUGAUACUGAGCUGAUUCAGAAUGACGACUUGAAGACCAAUAUGGGACCACCAGCCUGAAGUCAUCCCAGAGUGCAGUGCUAAUGACAACCUUAUCCUGAAGUAGAGUUUAAGUGAUGUCAUGUCUUAGCGAAUUAUAAUUAAUGAAAAUUACCGUCUUAAGUGAGGUAUGAAGACCUUAAUAUAGGUUGUGACGAGGUGAUGAGUGUGUGAAAUCUAAACUAGAGCAAUGUCAGCAUCUUUUAGUUGACUCUUAAGUGAUGAUGAGGGAUAAUUCAGUGUUGUAUUCAUUACAGAUUAUUUAGAAUUAUCACGAGGUCUGUGUUACCGAAUGUCACCUGAUUCUGAAGGUCGACGAUUUAUUUAGAUGAAGGUGAAUGAUGUUCCGAGUUUUAUAGGACCACUUGAAGACGACUAGGCCCUUCUUGUUUAAUUCACCUAAAGAUUAGCCAACCUGACGCUAACCUAACCUUAACCUACCCUAACUUAAACUAUCUUAACGCCACCUACCCUAAUCUAACUUAACUCCUUCCAGGUAACGUUUGGAGGUUUAAUUUGGUGACAUACUUUUCAGGUGAUCCGGGUUUUUUAAGUCAUCAUUGAGAUUCACAACAUAUACAGCAUGUGAGAUUUGAUCCAGUGGAGGCAGCUGCUUGUGUGAUGAUCAUUUCAGACGAGGUUGUACUGUAGUAACUUUUGAUUCGGAUCCUCAAUAAAAAAAAAAUCGUAUGUGACUUCUUUUUGAUAACCGAGAUUAAAAAAAUAUAUACGUAUCUAGUUACGGACAGUAUGGUCGUGGUGAUAUUUCAACAUUCAGAUAAAUCCUCAUAAUCGGGGGAAAUAUUUAACAUGCAAAUCUUUGACAAUUCUUGCUCAGUCCGGACUCAUAAAGGUUCGCAUGGUGAAUAUUCCUCUUAACUAAUGGCGUAACUAAUGGUCAACUUAAGCUCGAAUAUAACAAACAAGAGCAAUAGCAACAAAAUAUAUAUUGUGACUGAUUUUCUACAUACAUUCACAUCGAACCAGACAGAAUUAAGGUAGCGUGUCGUAUCCAAAUAUUCAUCAUACGAAUCUUUGUUGGUCUCAAGUUUUAGGGCUCUUACUAAACACUGACUUCAUAUAUAACACUCUAUAAUGUCCCAGAGUGUGAUACAUCUGGUGGUUAAUGGAGUGUUAUUAAUAUAUUAUGUACGGUGUAUUUUCCUAAGGACUGCCUACUAUAAGGUGAUUGUAGAUGGGCCUUAGUUCUGAUAGCCUCUAAUCUAACCUAAUUUAUUGUAACUGUGGAUAUAAUUCUAGUCCUAAUAUACCCUAAUCUAAAGGGUUAUGAUAGAGGGAUAACAGCUCUGGGGGCCCAUUUGACCUACAACCUUGUUCGGUCGAGUAUUUAUUACAUUAGUUACUCAUGAUAGUAAUACAUUUUCUAUAGUUACGUAAAUUUUUUCGUGCUCUUUCUUAACUGUUGUUGACACACACUGAGGCCUUCCAGUAGUUUAUUAAAAUAAUACGAGACAGUCAAAACAAUGAGUUGGGAUGAAAGUAACGUUCUAUGCAGUUUUAGCUCAACAAUAUGAGAGAGAUUUAAAGAUUCAUAUCAGGGACUCAAAGACACACGACAAACGUCUUUCACACACAGCAUCGUGCACCUGUGAACCUUUUGAUGUAGAAAACUUCAACACUGGUGAUCUUGUUAAGCUGCUUAUCUUCUUAUGUAGUGAAUUAAUAAUAUAACCCACCAAUA